CGCCCCCUCCCCUCCCCUUCCGCGCCGCCGCGAUGCCCCCCCCUGCGCCCGGGGCCCGGCUCCGGCUCCUCGCCGCCGCCGCCCUGGCCGGUCUGGCCGUCAUCAGCCGAGGGCUGCUGUCCCAGAGCCUGGAAUUCAGCUCACCUGCGGACAACUACACUGUGUGUGAAGGUGACAACGCCACCCUCAGCUGCUUCAUUGAUGAGCAUGUGACCAGAGUGGCCUGGCUGAACCGCUCCAACAUCCUGUAUGCAGGAAAUGACCGCUGGACCAGUGACCCCCGAGUGCGGCUGCUCAUCAACACCCCUGAAGAGUUCUCAAUCCUCAUCACCCAGGUGGGGCUUGGUGAUGAGGGCCUCUACACCUGCUCCUUCCAGACCCGCCACCAGCCCUACACCACUCAGGUCUACCUCAUCGUGCAUGUCCCUGCCCGCAUUGUGAACAUCUCCUCGCCUGUGGCGGUCAAUGAAGGGGGCAAUGUGAACCUUCUCUGCCUGGCUGUGGGAAGGCCAGAGCCCACUGUCACCUGGAGACAGCUCCGAGACGGCUUCACCUCAGAGGGCGAGAUUCUAGAAAUCUCCGACAUCCAGAGAGGCCAGGCCGGGGAAUACGAAUGCAUUACUCACAACGGGGUGAAUUCGGCGCCUGACAGCCGCCGUGUGCUGGUCACAGUGAAUUAUCCCCCGACUAUCACCGACGUGACCAGCGCACGAACCGCCCUGGGCCGGGCGGCCCUCCUGCGUUGCGAAGCCAUGGCUGUGCCGCCUGCAGAUUUCCAGUGGUACAAGGAUGACAGGCUGCUAAGCAGCGGCUCGGCGGAGGGUCUCAAAGUGCAGACGGAGCGCACCCGCUCCAUGCUUCUCUUCGCCAACGUGAGCGCUAGGCACUAUGGCAACUACACCUGUCGAGCAGCCAACCGACUUGGAGCGUCCAGCGCCUCCAUGCGGCUCCUGCGCCCAGGAUCCCUGGAGAACUCUGCUCCGAGGCCCCCGGGGCCCCUGACCCUCCUCUCCGCCCUGGGCUGGCUGUGGUGGAGAAUGUAGACACCACCCAGUACAGCGCACCUCCCCCUGCAGGGGGCCUCAGGCCAGGAGCAAGA